AUGACAGACAAGGAAGAUGUCAAACCCGAUCCGGAACAAUUGACGAACCUGAAGAAUAGCAAGAAUGUUGUUGUGGCAUUCAAACUCAAUGGGAAGAACUACCCAUUGUGGUCUAGACUUAUGAAAGUCAAGAUCGGAGGCCGAGGGGCCUAUUCGCACAUCAAGAACGAACCCCCAGAACCCGGGAGUAAGGGUUACGACGACUGGGAAGAAGACGAUCUAGUGGUUUUUUCAUGGAUCGUAUAUAAUAUCGAGAACGAAAUCAUUGCCGACUUUGCCCAUCACCUAACGGCGAAAGCUCUGUGGGACAGCCUCGCCAUAACGUUCGAGAACAAGGCGGACAAGUACCUCAUAUAUGACCUGGAAGAGAAAGCAAUCACUAUCAGACAAGGAGACCUGGAUUUAGAGACGUAUUACCGGAGAAUCAACGGCCUAUGGAUUAACAUCGACCGGUGCCAGAAACAGCCCAUCACUUGUUGCGAUAAGGGCGUCAGCCAAUACCGAACACAUUCGAACGAGAAGAGGCUGUUCAAAUUCCUGACCUGA